GCUCCGGGAUCUGUUGGGUCCCCGGCUCUCUCUCCAGGACCAUGGCUGGGGCCUGGAAAUCUGUCACUGCCUAUUGGAAUUACCUGUUCGUCAUCCUGGUGCCACUUCUCCUAUUACCCUUGCCACUCGUCGUGCCCACCAAGGAAGCCCGAUGUGCCUACGUCAUCAUCAUCAUGGCCUUGUUCUGGUGCACGGAGGCCCUGCCUCUGGCCGUCACCGCCCUGCUCCCCGUGAUCCUCUUCCCUCUCAUGGGCAUCAUGGACUCCGAAGAGGUGUGCAUGGAGUACCUGAAGGACACCAACAUGCUCUUCAUUGGAGGGCUGCUGGUGGCCACGGCCGUGGAGCACUGGAACCUCCAUAAGCGCAUCGCCCUGCAGGUCCUGCUCAUCAUCGGGGUGCGCCCCGCCCUGCUGAUCCUGGGUUUCAUGAUCGUCACGGCCUUCCUGUCCAUGUGGAUCAGCAACACGGCCACCACGGCCAUGAUGGUGCCCAUCGCCCAUGCGGUGCUGGAGCAGCUCUAUAAUUCCAACAGCGGGGAGGCCGAAGAGGGAACCGUCAACCACUCUUUCGAGCUCCAGGAGCCUGUAGAACGCACGCCGGAGAAAGAAGCCCCCGUGCAAGAUAAUGGCUUCGUGCCGGCCCCCGUCGACCCCAGUUCCCAGCAGCAGGAACCACAGCAUUUGCAACGGCGGCAGAAAGAGAAAGAGCACCACCGCUUCUCCCAGGGGAUAAGCCUCUGCGUCUGCUACGCCGCCAGCAUUGGGGGCAUCGCCACGCUAACGGGCACCACGCCCAACCUGGUGCUUCAGGGGCAAAUUAACUCGCUCUUUCCAGACAACCCCAGUGUGGUGAACUUUGCCUCCUGGUUCAUCUUUGCCUUCCCCACCAUGAUCAUCCUACUCCUGGUCGCCUGGAUCUGGCUUCAGAUCCUCUUUCUGGGAUUCAAUUUCCGGAAGAAUUUCAGCUGCGGCGGCAGAGAGCAGGAGAGGGAGCAGGCCGCCUUCCGUGUCAUCAGGGAGGAGCAGAGGUCGCUGGGCCCCAUGACCUUCGCUGAGGUGGCCGUCACCGUCAUCUUCGUCCUGCUGGUGCUGCUGUGGUUCACCCGCGAGCCCGGCUUCAUUCCCGGCUGGGGCACCGUGGCCUUCCCCAAUGAGAUAGGGGAGAGCAUGGCCACUGAUGCCACCGUGGCCAUCUUCAUCGGCAUCAUCCUGUUCAUCGUGCCAUCAGAGAUCCCGGGCUGUCUGAGUAGUCGGACCCAGAGGGGGCAACAGGAGGGAAGCCAGGAGAAAACCCGGGGUCCCCAAGCGCUGCUCAACUGGAAGACGGUGAACGAAAAGAUGCCCUGGAACAUCGUGUUUCUGCUGGGCGGGGGCUUCGCCUUGGCCAAGGGCAGCGAGGUAUCUGGCCUGUCGUCCUGGCUGGGAUACAAGCUGACACCCCUGCAGAAUAUCCCCCCACCGGCCAUCGCCCUGAUCCUGUGUCUCCUCGUGGCCACCUUCACCGAGUGCACCAGUAACGUGGCCACCACCACUCUCUUCCUCCCCAUCCUGGCCUCCUUGUCCCAAGCCAUCUGUCUCAAUCCGCUCUACGUCAUGCUGCCCUGCACGCUCUCCGCCUCCCUGGCCUUCAUGCUGCCCGUGGCCACGCCACCCAACGCCAUCGUCUUCUCCUUUGGGCAGCUCAAGGUGUCCGACAUGGCCAGGGCAGGCUUCCUGUUGAACAUCCUCGGAGUGCUGGUAAUCUCACUGGCCAUCAAUAGCUGGGCCUACCCCAUCUUCGACCUGGGCUCGUUUCCGGAGUGGGCCGCGAUCAACGGUACAAGUGAAUGCUUUAACAACGGAACCACCUCGCCCUUGUAGCGUCGAAGCGGGUACCGAGGAGACCCGGCCCCCGGCUCUCUCUGUGCCCUCCUGGCUCUGGCCAUGGCGGAGCAGGGGACGGUGCCCUUAUCCCCACCCCCGCCCCCAUCACCCUGGCCCGCCCGCAGAACCGAAGUCAAUGGCGCCGGACAUUUUUAGCCCCUCAGUGGGCUGGCACCUGGACUGGGAUGUGGGAUCCGGACGAGCACCCGCACAUCCCAGUCGGCCCAGACGAGAGCCCUGGAGGGAAGGGGGUGCCGGUCGGUUGCCCCAAGAGUGGUCUGCCUGUCUGCUUGCCCGCCUGGCAUUUGUUAAUGGUGGGGUGGGAGGAGGUGAAAGGCAAGCGGCGGGGGCGGGGGCUAGAUGAUUUUGUGUUUGUGUGUGUGUGCGCGUGUGCAUGUGCACGCCCAACCCAGUGCUCACCAUGUAUCUGUGUGUUUGGGUUUGAGGAGGGGAGAGUGGCUAGGUUUGUUUGUUUGUGGUGAGUCUGUGGGAACCUCUCAAGGGUCUGAGGGUAUUGCGGUGAAGUGCUGGGGUCGUGUGUGUUUGUCUGUGCGGGUGUCUGUACGUGUGUGCCUGAGAGUGGACUGGAGGGGACCCACUGACCUUUGGCCAGCCCACAAAGUGGGGUGGGGGGAGGUGGAGGCAUUCGCUCUGCCCGGGCCGCUCCCUGCAGCAAGUGCUCUGGGAGGUCUUGGCGUGACAGGUGUCCUCUGCCCAGCGCCCUCCGCGGGCAGCACUUUGGCCCCCUCUGGAUGGCGAGAGACACCACCGGCCCCACCCCCGUCCUUUGCACUGUAUUUAUUGAAAACUCAGGGGGUCCGGGACCGGACUGGGGGGGGAGCCCGGACGUUCCUCAGGGCCCGGGGGCCGGCCCAGCCCAGGCCUCCAGUGGAGCGACCUCUUCCAAGACCACCGUGGGGCUUGGGGCCUGACGGAUUUGUUGAAUUAAAAAUCUCGAUGGAUCA